CCAAAAGUAAAACUCUGAUAUUUCAAAGUCGAACAACAAUUUACUUCAAAUCUAUCGACUCGUCUGACUAGAUUACAAUUUUAUAUAAAUUGGAAUAUUACAUUUUGUGUUUGGCUUAUCAUGUCUGCGACUAACAACCAAAGUGACCAGACCGAGGAGAGCGUUACGAAGCAAGUCCCGUUCCACGUUAAUACCGAGCUGCACAGCGACAUCGAGAAGCUAAUGAAGCCACGUAUUGAAAUGCUGCAGAAAAUAGUCACGACACGCAUGAGUUCCGAAGCCCCGACAGCGAAUGGCAUUGAGACCGAGGGAUAUUGGUGGCCAGAAUGCCGGAUCUAUUCACCAAUACAUUACAUGUCUGAAAUGAAUGAUUUCAUGAGCCUCACACGGAAUGCUCUCAUUUGCUUGACCGAGGAGCUGCAAGUAAUACAGGCCAAGUUCCAGGACUUAAACGAAUCGGAACCAUCGGAAAAAUUAGGCCCUUUAGUUUCGUAUGCCGAGAAAUGCUAUUCUUACUGCAAAAUGCAGUUCUACCCACGCAAUCGUUUACAUCACAAAAUUAUAAAAACCAAGAACAUCGAGGAUCACACAAUCCUAAAGAUAAUCGAUGAGAUCAUCUUCACAACACUACAAAUGCGCAUGACUCGUUUGAAGAGUAUGAUUGAGGACUUUUGCGCUUUAGUCGAAGUCAAAUGGGAUUUAAAUGAGAAGGAUGCUGCGGCUGCUGCUGGCGCCACGUCACCUAACGAAACAUCCGUUUAGAAAAAAGCCAUCAAAAAAUAGUUCCUUUGUUAUUUACAUUUUACACGACUAACACAAACCAACACAUACAAGCUGGCACAUUUCACUGGGCUGUAAUAAAAAGUCCAACCCGUUGGUGUAUUGGGAAUAUCCAGAAAA